AUGCAGGAGCCAACCACACCUACCAUCACCGGACCUCCCUCACCUGUAUCAGUUGAGAAUGUCACCCUGACAUGCUCCUCCUCGUCCCGGAGUCUACCCCUGGACCAUCCCCCACUGACCAUGACCUACAUCUGGAGGAGGAACAGGACUCUGCUAGAAUCUGGUGAUGAGUCUCCUACAGGUGGAGAUGACCUGACAAUAACCCACAUCAGCAGAGAGAACCAGGGAGACAUCUACAGCUGCCAGACCGUGGAGGAGGGCCUGAAGUCUGACUGGAGUCACGGACAUGUACUGGAUGUUCUCUAUGGACCUGGUCAGGUACAGUUUGACGGCACAAGUGACAAGCUGGAGGUAGAAGAAGGGAAAUCUGCAGCCGUGAGAUGUUCUGCUGACUGUAACCCUGCCUGUACUGUAACCUGGUGGAACAUCUCCAGACAGAUGGUGAUUACAGGACAGGGGGAGGCUGUGUUGUCUAUACCAGCUGUAGAUGUAUCUGUGUCUGGACUGUACACGUGUCACGUCAACAACACACAUGGGAGUGCAUCACGGAACCUGACGCUGGAGGUCGUCUCACGUGGCGUUACUGAAUCUGGUGUCGUUUCCAUCGUCCCCGUGGCUGCUGUCUGUUCCGUCCUGAUCGUGGUCAUCGCCGUUGUAGUCAUCGUAGUUGUUUGUAGAAAACAGAGACGUGGAGGAAGGGGAGACAUUCAUAGUCGCGUUGUCACAUACAUCCUUGACGCAGAAACAGACGGGGGCUACCAGGAGAUAGAAGAGAGAGGAUACGUUCACCAGCGGUGA